AUGGGUGAAUUAAAGGCUGCUGUCGUGGCUUCUCUUGCCGUUGCCUCAGUUGCGCAGGCAAAUGCAGUUCAUCCGCGCGCAUCUCAGACUCAAGCCAACUGGUUCCAAACAUCUCCCGAUAAUUAUGCUGGUACAAUUGAGACUGGUGCUGCUCCCUUCCUAGCGCAGACCAACCCAGCACAAUUCGGUCAGGCUACUUAUGUGCCUAAUGCUCCUCUGGAGACGUCGGAGCCAAUCCAGGGCGCUAAUGGCCGGAACAUCUUCCAUCUGAUGGGUGAUCAAAGCCCUUACUUCUCGCCAAAAGAAGGUUUCGGAGUAGACGAAUACCCUCUUCCUAAGGGGGCUAAUAUCACCCACAUGCAUAUGCUUCAGCGCCAUGGCUCCCGCUAUCCCUCUUCAUCCGAGGGUUUAAGCUCGUGGGGUGUAAGUAUCGCCAGCGCCAUAAAGAAUGGCACUGUUUUCAAGGGCGGGCUAGAUUUCUUGAAUGACUGGACCUACAACUUGGGCGAAGAGAUUCUCGUUCCUGUCGGCCGACAAGAACUCUUUGACAGCGGUAUCCUCAACUACUACAACUACGGUCAUCUUUACGACAACUCCUCUAAAAUUGUGGUUCGUACGACUUUGCAAUCUCGCAUGUUGGAAAGUUGCGAAAACUUCCUUGCCGGUUUCUUCGGCCUCAGUUGGCGCGAUAAUGCCAAUAUUCUCGCUACUGUUGACUCUGCGGUCACCGGUGACUACGCAUGCACGAAGGAGCUUGAGAGUUUGGAGUCGAUCGAGACUCCUGUCGGUACAUGGAUGGAGACAUACUUGAAGGACAGGACUGCGUAUCUCAAAACUUUGACAGGGUCUUACGACUGGACUGUUACUGACACUUACCACGCUCAAAGUUUGUGUCCGUAUGAAACUAUCAGUGUUGGCUAUAGUCCGUUCUGCGAGCUAUUCUCAUACGAAGAAUGGGAAGGGUAUGAGUACCUCAUGGAUAUUGAAUUCGCUGCUAUGUCUGGCUUUCUCAGUGCUACCGGCCGUGCACAAGGCAAAUACUGGGUUGAGGAAUUCUUGGCUCGAGUUGAGGGACACUUUGUCACUGCUCCUGCAAACCAAACUGGAUGCAACAUGACUCUCGAUACUAAUCCUGUUACAUUUCCCCUCAACCAAAGUCUGUACCUUGAAUUCACUCAUGACGCAAACAUUGUUUCCGUCUUGACAGCCUUCGGACUCACUCAGUUCUCCGAUUAUUUACCACUUACCGGGCCACCGAGAAACCAGCAAUUUUCUACUAGCAAGCUUGUUCCCUUUGCUGGUCGACUGAAUAUUGAAAUCAUCAAGGCACCACAUGAAGUGUCGACUAAGCGCUCUAAGAAGACCAAGACUGCUGAUUAUGUUUCCGGAAGUGGAGAAACUUACUACGUGCACUUCAUUCAAAACCAGCGAACCAUUCCACUCCAUGCCAGCUUUGAGGCUUGUGAAUACCGGGAUGAUGGUUGGUGCGAAUUGUCCACUUUCUUAGAGGUCCAAAAGAAGUCUCUGGUUGAAGCUGAGUAUAGCUACGCUUGCUUUGGAAACUGGACAAUGAAGAGCUACGGGACAGUGAGGAAUGGUGUUCCUGCAUAA